AUGGUGCAAGGAUCUAGACAGUGGCAUGAGAAAUUACCCUUCGCUCUCAUGGGAUAUCGCACGACUGUUCGUACGUCAGUCGGUGCAACUCCUUACUUAUUGGUUUAUGGAAUUGAGGCUGUCAUACCCGCAGAAGUUGAAAUCCCUUCUCUUCGAACCAUUGUUGAAGCAGAAAUCGAGGAUACAGAAUGGGUUAAAUCGAGGUUAGAACAAUUAGCACUGAUAGAAGAAAAACGAUUGACAUCAAUUUGUUUUGGUCAAUUAUAUCAGCAGAGAAUGGCUCGGGCAUAUAAUAAGAAAGUACGCCCAAGGAAUUUUGAAGGGGGUCAACUUGUUGUGAAACGUAUCCUUCCCCACCAAGACGAGGCCAAGGGAAAGUUUGCUCCAAAUUGGCAAGGCCCUUAUGUUAUUAAGCAAGUGUUUUCCAAAGGAGCUUUGCAAUUGACGGAUAUGGAGGGAAAGGCAAUUAACACGAUUGUCAAUGCAGAUUCGAUCAAGAGAUACUACAUUUAG